CCCUCUGGCUGUGAAGUCGGAGAAGUUACUUACUACCUACUACCACACUGAGAAUGACGACGAGAACCCCUUCAUCUGCUCUCAGCGCCGGGACAAUGGCAUGAGGGACUGCAGCACGGUGCCUAAGCUCUAUGAGGGAGGCCUGCAGUGCAACCUGGACAUGGACUUCUACAACAGCACCGACAACACCUCUUGCGUCAACUGGAACCAGUACUACACCAACUGCUCUGCUGGUAACUGCAACCCUUUCAAGGGAGCCAUCAACUUUGACAACAUCUGCUACGCCUGGAUUGCCAUCUUUCAGGUGAUCACUCUGGAGGGCUGGGUGGACAUCAUGUACUUUGUGAUGGAUGCUCACUCCUUCUACAACUUUAUCUACUUCAUCCUGCUCAUCAUUAUUGGCUCAUUCUUCAUGAUCAAUCUGUGCCUGGUGGUCAUUGCCACUCAGUUCUCCGAGACCAAGCAGCGGGAGAGCCAGCUGAUGAAGGAGCAGCGGGUGCGCUUCCUGUCCAACGCCAGCACUCUGGCCUCCCUCUCCGAGCCAGGCUCCUGCUAUGAUGAGCUCCUCAAGUACCUGGUUCACAUCAUCCGCAAAGGGGCCAAACAAGUGGCCCAUGUCUGCAGGCUCUUGGCUCGCCGUGCUGGGCUCAACAUAGCCGCCUCGCCCCCAGCCACGGAGCCUCAACGUAGUCAGCGGAGGAGGAGAAAGUCCUCCAGGCAGGGAUCUGUGUCUAUUCAUCACAUGAUGCACCAUCAUCACCACCACCACCACCACUACCACCUGAGAAAUGGCAGUGUGAGGGGAGGAGGGAGCCUCCACUGUAUGGAGGGUAGGGAUGUGGAAGCUGGAGCUCAUAAUAACAACGGAGGGGCUCUUGUUGCAACAACUGGCAGCGGACAUCUUGCUUUGGUGUCCCCAUCUACUGUGACAGCAGCCACCUCUGAUUCAAACCUAGCCACUUCGUCCAACCCUGCUGUAGGUGCUGCCGAUUCAGCUUCAGUGCGCAGUGUAUCCAACGUGGAAACUCUUGGCUGCACCCCAUCGCCCGCACCAACUCCGAGCUCCUUCACCUUGGCCCCUGCUCCUGCAUCAAGGGCCAUGAAAAGGAACUCUGUGCCCUUCGCUGCACCAGGUCCUAAAAACUAUCCCACCCUACAGGCCCGGGCCCUAGCAGAGUCUAGACGAGGAAGUGUUGCAGCCAGCACUCUGACAAACAUCAGCUUCAACCUCAAUAUCCCACCCAUGCCCCUGGGGAGACGGCCAUCGACUCUGGUGGACACACAAAACCCCACAGCCCAGCUCUCCUGCCAGCUGUCAGCUCGUGACCUCAGCACCAUGGACACGGCCGCUUUGACAUUGGACCCCGAGAGCUGCCCCUACUGCGCCAAGGCUCUGGCCCACGAAUCGGAGGGCGGCAUCGACACAGCAGGCGACUCGGACAGCGAGGGCGUAUACGAGUUCACCCAGGACCUCCACCUCAGGGACAGGAGAGACAGCCGUCAGCCCAAAAAGAAGCAGUGCAGGCUGGGCAAAACGGCAGCAAAGGUCGUUCACUUCUGGAGGCUGGUGUGUGACACGUUCAGGAAGAUCGUGGACAGCAAGUAUUUCGGACGUGGGAUUAUGAUCGCCAUUCUGAUCAAUACUCUGAGUAUGGGGAUCGAGUACCAUGAGCAGCCUGAUGAGUUGACCAAUGCGUUGGAGAUCAGCAACAUCGUGUUCACCAGCCUCUUCGCUUUGGAGAUGCUGUUGAAGGUUUUGGUCUAUGGGCCCUUUGGCUACAUCAAGAACCCCUACAAUAUCUUCGAUGGCAUCAUUGUGGUCAUCAGUGUGUGGGAGAUUGUGGGUCAGCAGGGCGGCGGCCUGUCGGUGCUGAGGACGUUCCGGCUGAUGCGGGUGCUGAAGCUCGUGCGCUUCAUGCCGGCCCUGCAGAGACAGCUGGUGGUGCUGAUGAAGACUAUGGACAACGUGGCCACCUUCUGCAUGCUGCUCAUGCUCUUCAUCUUCAUUUUCAGUAUCCUGGGGAUGCAUCUGUUUGGUUGUAGAUUUGCGUUAGAGAGUGACAAGGACACACUGCCGGACAGGAAGAACUUUGAUUCUCUUCUCUGGGCCAUAGUUACGGUCUUCCAGAUCCUCACCCAGGAGGACUGGAACAAGGUGUUGUAUAACGGCAUGGCCUCCACCUCUCCAGUGGCUGCUCUUUACUUCAUCGCACUCAUGACCUUUGGAAACUACGUCCUCUUCAACUUACUGGUGGCCAUCCUAGUGGAGGGUUUCCAGACAGAGGAAGUGACCAAGCGGGAGGACUUGCAUGUCCAGCUGAGCCUCAUUCAGCUGCCUGUAGACUCGGGG